AUGUUGCUGGUUAGCUCGGUGGCCACGACCUUCAGGCUGCCUCCUCCUCCCGAUCUCCCCGGGGAUCGCCGGGUGCUUCGAGCGCCCGACCUCGCAGGAAACGGGCUAGGUGCUGAAGCCGGUGCCGGUGCUGCUGCUGAUGUCAACCCCGAAGCCGAUGGCCAAGGAGAGUUGCCCCGACUGCGCAGCAAGACCGUCAAACAGGAGAAGCGGAAGGACCGAUAA